AUGUCUACCACAGGGGAUCGAGACCCAACCCAAGAGGGCCCAGAUGGAGAGUGGAUCGGGGCGGCUGGAGUGGGUGAAGAAAUGGGCCUCGAUUUGGGCCCAGACGAGGGAGACCUGGUACCUGAGGCCAUGGAAACCGAGAUAGCGGGGCCUGAGUUUGUGGAGAUCCUGGAGCCCGAGGGAGGCCCUGAGGAGGAAGAGGGUGCUCCGGCCCUAGUCCUGGCCAGAGCCCCGGACGGCGGGAAUGAAGAGGAAGACUCGGACAUUGGGCCGGCAGAGGAGGGGGGAGAGGACCUGGCGGAGAACCAGGAGAUCCUCAUAGAUGCCCGUCAGUUCCCCAUGGUUGGCUUCCGGUUCAUGUUCCUGGAUCUUGUCCACUCGCUUCUGCACCGCAUCUAUUACAACGACCACAUCCUGAUCCGGCCCUACCGUGGCCCUGUGAUGGUUCGAUCCCGCUCGCCACUGCCGGACGGCUCAGGCGAGCUCCCAGUGCUCCAUGUACCCCAGAGGCCGAAUAUGAGGGGCCAGUCCCAGGAGGGCCAAGAUGAGGGCCUUCGCCUGGGCCUAGACUUGCCUGAGGUAGCCACCUCGGUCCUGGAGUUCCAGGAGCCAACAGACAUCGCUGAGGCAGUUCAAGAUUCUGUGGAGCAGACAGAGACAGUGGCAGAGGAGGCAGAGGAGAUGAUAGAACAGGCCACAGAAAUAAGAGAAAUAACUAAAUAUCAGUAUGGUAACUGGACUGAAGAGGAAGAACAUGUCAGAGGUGAAGAAGAGAAAGAAGCAGAGGAAGAAAAAGAGAAGGAAAAUGAAGAACAAGAAGGACCUGAAAGGGAUCCAGAUCCAGUGGAUGGUAACCCUGAAAACCCAGGUAUCUGUGUAUAG